AUGGCGCUGAUACAGACCUCUCUCAUCUGGGUCGCCUACGCCGUCGCCGUGGGAAUCCUCUUUCUCAUCGCGUCCACAUUCGUCUAUGUCUACCAGAAGCCGCGGGAUCGCGCCGCUGCCGUUACCAUUGUCUGCAUCUUCACUACUCUUGCGCUGCUCGCAACCGUACUCCUCAUACCUGUCGACGUCGCUCUCGUCUCAUCCACCUCGAGAUCUAGCUUAGGCCGCAAGAAGGAUUGGGCGACACCGGAGAAGGUCGACAGCAUUGUCUACACUCUGCGCAUCGUCUACUACACGCUCUACUCGCUCGAUGCGCUUCUCUGCCUUCUCGUCAUUCCCUUUACCUACUUCUGGUACGAGGAAUACGAUGAGGACGCGGCUGAGCACGGCGAGCAGACGGCUGGCCAGCGCAUUGCUGGUGCUCUCAAGUGGACUCUCGGCUUCCUCAUCUUCGUAGUCGCAAUCUUCCUCGUUGGCUUCUUCGUGCCCUUUGCGAAGCAGGCCAAGGAUGACAAGCGUCUGGACCUCGACUACUUCAAGCACUUGCUGUCAGAGAACCAUGGCGAACGCGCUCUAUCCUUCGGCCUCGGCUUUCUCAUCACCGUCGGAACGGUCCUCUUCGUGCUCUACACCGGUGCUGGCAUGGCCCUCCUCCCCGUCGCCAUGAUCAAGUCCGCGCCCUCCGUCUCAGCCCCCACGCUUGCCGCAAACACCGCGUCCCAGCUGGAGAACAACCGCGAGCGCCAGAGACAGCUCGAAGGUCGCAACGAAGGCAGCGAGGGCGGACUGGACAGCAGGGACAGACGCGAAUUGGAAGCCCUCGUUCGCGAAGAGCGCACCCUCAUCCGCCGCGAGCGUCUCGCUGCCGAGUCAAGCGGCGAGGACCGCCAUUGGAUCGUCAAGGCCUGGAUCAAGACCGAAGCUUUCUUCCGCCCGCUCAAGCUCAUCGGCGGCCUCAUCCUGAUGGUCUUCGCCCUCGUCAUUUUCGCCAGCAUGCUCAUCACCGGCAUCGACAAGGCCAAGAACUCCAUCUGCGGCGCCCACUGCGGCUACAUCCUCGGCCACAUCAACAUCUUCCAGCCGCUCAACUACAUCCUCGUCAAGUCCGCCAAGGUAUUCCCUAUCGACUAUGUUAUGUUCCUCCUCCUCGUCCUUUUCUUCUUCUCCGCCUCUGUUGUCGGCAUUGCGACCGCUGGUAUUCGCUUCCUGUGGAUCACCAUCUUCAAGAUCCGCAAGGGCCACACUUCGCCCCAGGCACUCCUAAUGGCUACGGUCCUCCUCACACUCAUCACCCUCGCAAUCAACUACUCUGUCGCCAUGGUCGUCGCACCCCAAUACGCGACUUGGGGUCCGCAAACCUACUGCGACAUGAAGACCAACAGCCGAGACGAACAGCCCGAUUGCACCGAGCACAAGGACCUCAUCAAGGCCUGCAGCGAACUCGCUACCAACCCUGCCGCUCAGCAAGUCUGCACGCCUUCCGUCCUCAGCACCUUCAUUAACCGCGUCACCAUCAACUUCCCCUUCUUCGGCGUCGUCCUCUUCUGGGCUCAAUUCGCCUUCUUGGGUGUCUAUCUCAUCGUCUUCUUGACUACGCUGUUCAAGGCGCCUAGUCUCGACCAGGAACAGAUCGAUCGUGAUCUUGAGGAGGAAGAGGAGGAGGGUCUCUUGGCUAGCACUGGACGUAGGUUUGGUGCUGCGUGGAGUGAUGUUACGGGUCGUGCCAGAAAACCCGCGGGUUACGGUGCUACGGAUCGAGACGAGAGGAUUCACCCGACAGUCUCCUCUACCCUUCUUCUUCUCUCCUGCAACUCCCUCCUCUUCUUACCAGCACAUUUCGUCUUCCUGCCGAAUCACCAAGCUCAAGUCACCAUGGCCAAGCGCAAGCGUGCCUUAAAGUCUCCGCCUACCUACCAGCCGGCCAAGAAGGAACGCCUCAAGGAACUGCAGGAUCCGGCUGCCGCUCUGGAGAAAACUCUACCCGAUCAAGUUCAUUCAGCCCAGGAUGUUCCUCAGGAUGAUCCUCGCGGUCCAUGUGCUCGCGAUCUGAUCAGCAUCUCCAAUGCCGUCAACUCGCCAUUGCUUCGUCUUCCAGCUGAGAUUAGGAACAUGAUCUUCACCUACGUCUAUGAUGAGAUGGCUUACAAGGCUGACUACGCAUUUGGAUGCAUAGGCUUUGUGUCACGUCCUUAUCUAAAAGUCAAUCAUCUGGAUUAUGUGUGGAAACUCGAUAGCGUUUCUCUCGUCUGUCGCCAGUUGCACUCUGAGAUGGCUCUAUUACCCUAUGAGCUUGGUCUGCUCUACCUUUUGAACAUCCAGAAGCAGGGGAUCGACGGGCUCUGGGCGCUGGAGAGACUUCUUGGACGCUUGUCGUCUAGGCAGAUUGAUGCGACGGAUAACGUGUACUUCAGCCAAUGGUCAAUCGCAUUGAGAAAGCGAUGGCAUCGAACAAGGACUGCUGCAUACUGGGUCGCCAAGCUGGAGGAUCUCCGCACCUCUGCCGCCAAGAUGGACCAUACUCAACGUCUGAACUUCGAUAUCUCGUCUCUCGGACCAUCUGAUAGCUAG